GGCCUGCCGGCGCGUGGAGGCCGCGCGGUAACGGGCUCUGCUCUCUCGCGCUAGGAGGCCGCGCGGCUCGGGCGGGAUGUUCCACCCGCUGCAGUGGAGGCCGCCCGCCAGCAUCUAUUCCUACUGCGCCCGCUGGGAGGGCCGCCCGGGGCCCGCGCCCGCCCUGUGGAGCCGCUACCAGUGGCUGCUGGGCUGGUUCCAGAGGGAGCCCGGGAAAUGCCGCGGCCCGAAGAGCCUCCUGUCCCUGCUGGCCAGUCAGUGCAGCUACGUGACCGGCCAGCGGGUGCGGCGAGCCCAGCAGAUCGGGCAGCUCUACGGGAACAUCUACUCGGAGCGGACGCGCUGGAGCCUCUUCAGCGGCCUGUGGCGCAGGUUUCAGGCCCGGCACGCCAGCGCCUGCAAGCUGAUGGCCGCCCUCACCGGGGUCUUCCUGUGGGAAGAGGAGCGGAUCCAAGAGGAGGAGUUGCGAAGGUCUGCAGAGGAGAUGAAGCACAUGGAGGAAGUCUCCAGGCUGUUCCAUGGCAGCGGGGGAGAGCACCAGAAGCUGGGUCCCAAAACCCAUGUGGAUAUAACAGCCACUCGUGAGGAGCAUCCCUGGGAGAUGGUGAUGGACAAGAAACACUUCAAGCUGUGGAGGCGUCCAAUAGAAGGGACCCACCUGUAUCAGUACAGAGUCUUUGGGACAUAUACAGAUGUGACUCCCAGGCAGUUCUUCAAUGUGCAGCUGGACACUGAGUACAGGAAGAAAUGGGAUUCACUGGUCAUCAAACUGGAUGUGAUUGAGAGAGACCUGACCACUGGCUCGGAGGUGAUUCACUGGGUAACUCACUUCCCGUACCCAAUGUAUUCACGGGACUACGUGUAUGUUCGGCGGUACAACGUGGACCAGGAAAACAAUCUGAUGGUGCUGGUGUCACGAGCAGUGGAGCACCCAGGCAUCCCAGAAGAUCCCGAGUUCGUACGGGUCCGAACCUAUGAAUCCCAGAUGGUUAUCCGACCACACAAGACAUUCGAUGAGAACGGCUUUGAUUACCUGCUGACGUACAGCGACAAUCCACAGACAGUGUUCCCGCGCUACUGUGUCAGCUGGAUGGUCUCUAGUGGCAUGCCAGACUUCCUGGAGAAGCUGCACACAGCGGCUCUGAAAGCGAAGAGGAUGGAGAUCGAAGUGCGGGACUACAUUUCUGCCAAACCCAUUGAGAACAGCGGCAGCGAGGGGAAGGCGAGCAUGCCCGGUGCAGAGCACAAGAACGAAGACACCCACAGCCCGGCGCAGCUUGAGUACGCCUAAGGGCUGGUUGUGCCUCCUGCGUCAGCACCCUAGCCUCUGCUCCUGGAUCCACGGAGCAGGGCCGAUGGGGAGCUAUGACGUCAGUGUAGCCACUGGACCUUAAUUCAGCCGUUCUCCUUUUGACUUCAAACCCCUCCUCGCCUCUGUCUUCUGCUGCAUUUGGGAAGAGGGGUCUCUCCCCUGUUUGAGCCUUGUUCCGAGUGAAGCCUGGCCAUUGAAACACAACAUUAUGUAAUAUCCUCUUUGUGCUGGUGUUUUGUCCCUGGUGAGGGGAUGCCCUAGAAAAAUACCUGUAUGGAUAACAUCUCCUCCUCCUUCCCCCUCCCCUUUGAGCUAGUGUUGGGCACAGAUGCCACCAGCUCCUGAAGCUCCAGGGCAGUUCAGCUCUGCAGUGUCGGGGGCCAUGUGUAGAGAACCUUAGCCACAGGAUUGGUGUGCUUGUCUGCAGCCAGCCCCAAAUGGGUUAACGCGGGUGAGGGCAGGGGGAUGGGAUCUGUGUUCAGUAACAGUGUGUGUGUACUGCUUUGCUCCUCUGCCACGUGAGGGAAGUGUUCCUCUGCUGGCCAAGCGCCUUUCCCCUGGAGCUGUCCUGGCCUCAGCUGGAAGUGGAGAGCCGUGUCUGGCAGGGGUUGUGGCCAUGUUCAGUGCUGCCCACUGGAACAGGAUGAUGCCUCCUCGGGAGCCAGCACCACUGCACCUGUCACCAUAUUUUUGCCUGUGGUUUCCUGGUGGGAAGAAUGAAGGACGCUUGGCUGCAUUACUACCUGUAGCUCUGCAGCCUGGCGUGGGACAGGGACUUGGUAUUGCUUGGGCAGGGAGGGCCCAGCUCCUGCUGCUGUGAAUGCCCUGACCACCAUGACUAACAAGGGAACAGAAAACUGCUAGCAGCUGCCUCUUGUGCUGAGUUAGCUGCACCUCUCUCUUGUUGUAUCAAGACACUCCUGCAAUUAUAGCUCCUACCCAGCUUCCCUUGUGUUGGGAGAGGAGGUACCUCCCAGGCAUACCAAUAAGGGAAAGCUGUCUGGAUGCAGCCAGGAUGAGGGUCGCUUGCAGCUCUUACUUUGGUAGGGAGGGGUCUGGAGCAAUCUAGGAAAGUGAUUAAACCUUAAUCGAUGAAUAAGCUCUUGUAGCAAUGACCGAACUGCAUAUUGGGUCAGGCUAAUUGCAUGUGUUCACCCCAGAGGUUCCCAUUCUGCAGUGUAGUCUUGGUUUGGAUCUAGAGGAGAGACCAAGAGCUCUCCCUGUCCUGUGUUGUUUCCUGUUACCCCGAAUGUACUAGCCAGUGUGUUCCAGCCUGGUUCUCCUCGUGAUAAGCAGAGUUUGGGAGAGGGGCUUCUCCCCGUGUCCAGUCCCCACGGUGGGGGUGGGGGUGGGGCACAUACAGUCUAAAUGCUCUUCCAGGGGGCUGAAGCCUCAUGCUUUAACAGACCUAACUGCACCAUCACAGGGAGGGACUCCAUGAAUUCUCCCGUGCUCUAGGGAGCUGCUGUUCAUGGCACUUGCAUAGUGAGGUUCCCUUCUCAGUGCAAGGAGUUGUGGGGUUAGGGCCAGAGCUUUCUGCCACCUCCCAUUCGGGAUAUACCUGGUCCCAGAGGAAACAGAAUUCUGUGCUGAUAGCCCCCAGUGGUCAGGUACCCACCACCCCACUCCCUUAUAGCAUGUGGUUUGAAGUCCCAUGUAGGACAGACAGUGUGAGCCAGGUGCACUCCCACGAACAUCCUGCUGUGGUGCCAGAAAACAGCUCUUUCCACCUCCCCUUUCCUUCAAGGGCCUGGCCACUGUGUGGUACAGUGAGUGAGUAGGAGGGGGCUCGACCCUCAUCCAAGUGCAAUUGAGGGGUGCUGUGUGUUGGAGACCUCCUGGCUCCUCGGUUCCUGUUUGUGGCCAUUGAGGUCCAUUAACAUAGUCAUUCUGGAUUUGUUACAGGUUCACUCAAACCUGGCAUUUCUAUGAAAAUGGAUGUGUGAAUAAACUUAUACUGGUACAAACCCGAA